ACUGGGUGUAACUGAGAAGAAUAUGUAGAGUUAAGACAUUCCACUUCACUUAUUCUGGAGACAGUUCGUGAAGAUUAUCAAUGUUGUAAAUCCUUCAGCCUUAUCAGAAAUUUUGAAGAUCUGAUUGACUUUAAAAGUGCCUUUUUAUAAAUUGUUGAAGACACCAUGGAGAGCUUUAUUUCCACCUUGCCGUUCUCUACCCUUGACACACAGUGCAUUAAAAAUUGGCAAAUACCUGUAAUGCCAGCUUUGGCUAGUGUGCAGAAAACGGAAAGUCCAAAUGCUGCUAUUCAAAAGGUUGCCAUUACACCAAUAUGUCCUCCAGUAGAUAUGUGUGCCAAAAAAAGGUCUCGGCUGCCUUCCCUUGAGAAACAAAACCAUCCAAGGAGAAUUCUUAUGGCAAAAAGGACUCUGGCCAAAAAAGUCUACAGAAAAAAAUCACCUCCAGCUCCAUUAAAAUGUGAAGACCUUUCUGAUUUAAUUUUAAAUAACCACUUUAAGAACAUUAUUGUCAUGGUUGGAGCUGGAAUCAGCACACCUAGUGGCAUUCCAGAUUUUAGGACCCCUGGCACUGGACUUUAUGACAAUUUGCUGGAGUAUAAUAUUCCUUACCCUGAAGCCAUAUUUGACAUUGACUACUUUACAUAUAAUCCAGAGCCUUUCUUUAGCCUGGCUCAAGAACUAUACCCAGGAAAAUACAAACCCAACUUUGUUCACUAUUUUGUGAAGUUGUUGCAUGAUAAAGGUCUCCUGUUGAGAUGUUACACACAGAACAUAGAUGGCUUAGAAAGAAUGGCUGGGAUUCCUCCUGAAAAACUUGUGGAGGCUCAUGGGACAUUUUCUUCUGCAUCUUGCCACUUAUGCUAUACACCUUUCCCAGCAGCAGAAGCGCAGGAAUGUAUAAAGAGCGGCCGGAUACCACGUUGUAAAAUAUGCUCCGGAUUUGUCAAACCUGAUAUUGUGUUUUUUGGAGAAGAUCUUCCACAAAGUUAUAAUAAAGUGUCAAUAGACUUUCCAAAAGCUGAUCUCCUCAUUGUAAUGGGAACCUCACUGGCGAUUGAACCUUUUGCCAGUCUUGUAAAUUCUGUGUGCUCCAAAGUCCCACGUUUGCUUCUCAACCGGGAAUCGGUUGGUCCAUUUAAAAGAAACCCAUUAAAAAGAACAGAUGUUGCUCUAUUGGGAGACCUAAGUGAUAUCACCAGAAAAUUUGCACACUCUCUGAAUUGGCUCACUGAAAUAGAGGAAAUAAUGUCUCAUAGAAACUGAUUUGCUGUUUUGAAGAAAACACUGGUUGCUCAAUCCAAAUCUCUUGACUGGACAAGAAUGAAGCAGUGAUUCUGCAAACCUCAUUUAAGAUUUCGCUCUUAUGAGCUUCCAUGUUUGGUUUUAAUGGAAUCCCAUUGAUUGCAGUUUAUACCAUAAAAAACCUUUAGUGAACUGGGAGAAUCCUACUGAUUUAUUUUAAUUCAAAUUGGAAAUGCUACAAUAAUGUUGAGAAAACCAGUGUUUUACAUGCAACUUUUCUAAAUGUUCAUAUUUCUUUAAAGUUAUGUACAUUUUGUAUUUACUAUUUAAAUUUUAUUAUUUUAACCAUAUUUUAUUGUAUUUUUAUUAGUGUGUGUGUAAAGAUGAAUAAACUAAUUUCUAAGUUAUAA